AUGCGCGCCACUCACCAGCUAAAACCAAAACGCCUCACCUCACCUACCCAGCCGCAAAUCAACAAGUCACCAACGUCAAACAAGCCACCCUCCGACUCCGACUCGCCGCUGAACAUGCAUACCCAAGCCCUCUCAGCCGAACCAGCAAGUGACUGCCCACCAACACCAGCUCCAGCACGUAUCCUCAGAAUCCCAAAUUCCGAACCCUUCUCAACAGUCCGGCCCUGCUUCCUGCAGCCCCACACGUACUGCACCUGCGAUCCAACUGACUAUGCUGACACCCGCAAAGCUCCACAGACCGGCCGGCUCUACUCCAAAACCUAUGCCCCACUCCUCCGCCACAAACACAGCUUCUCAUUUGCACGCAUCAGAGCGCACCUCCCAACAAAGCACGACACAAUCACACUGCGCAACAGCGAAGGCCUGCCUCGCAAUUCGAACGUCAAGGCGGCUAGAAAGCUCCGCCAUUCCACUUCUCUCGCCAAAUGUGCGCCACUCACUGGCUAA